AUGAAUGAGCCUUCUUUGGAAGGUAUACUAACUUUUGCUAUAGUUGCUAAAGUUUUCGUUAAAAUUUUUAAUAAUUCAAAAUGUCUUCUUACAUGGCCUAAAUUAUUAUUAACUGAUAUGGGUUCAGAGUUUAAAGGAAGCUGUGAAAAACUUAUGAAAGAACAUGGUGUUAAAAUCCAAAAAGCUAAUGCACAAGAGUUAUUGCUACCUUUACCUAAAAGAUCAAGAGCCUGGGUUAAGAAUCUCCUAAUUAUUAUUAAUAACCUUAAUAACUCUGUAACUCGGCUUCUUGGUAUAACUCCUAAUAAAACUAUUAAAAAGAAAUUUGUAUAUGCUAAAGCUUCUAAACCAAGAUAUGGACUUAUAGGUUAUAAUGAGAUUCGAUUAACAUAUAAUGAUCCUGUUUUAUAUUUACUUAAGCCUGGUGAAUUGGAAGGUGAAAAAAGACAUGCUACUGAUAUAAAUUGGUCUCCUCAGAUUUAUUAUAUUCAUGAAUCUCUAAGAAGAGCUCCAAGUCAUAAAGAAUGUGCAAUUACCUCCUCAGUGGGUGCUUACAAGUUAGUUCCAAAAGAGAAUCAAAGACUCACAAUAUGA